AUGUCCGCCCAGCACGCGACUAAGCAGACAUUAGCAGCAGCUCAUUCUCAACUCGCCGCCGCACUCAAAUCGCUCGACUCGAUCAAGCGACGAAAUGGCCUCAUCCAUGAUUUUCUUGACAAGACGCAGAAUUACCAGAUCGCCAACGAGGAUGCCGAGCACCGCCGCAUACUAUUGCGAUGGAUUCUAGAGCAAAUUCCUUUGAUCGAGCUUGAGUUAAGCCAAACGAAAGUGGCUGGGACCGGGUCAGGUGUGGAGGAUGGCAAGAACAAAGUCAAAUGCAGCCCCAUCGAUGAUCUUGACCACGAGCGAGCUUCGAAGCGGCGGAGAGAGGACGAUGGGAAGCAUGCUUUAUCCAAACACACAUCCCGCAUCUCUACCGUCCCAACUAUUCCUCAGCAUUCCUCCUCGAUGCAGUGGUCCCCACCAACAGCAGGACAUGAGGCACCGCUCAAACGCAAAUCUCAUGAUGCAACAGAAGAAGGACGACCUAACAAGCAGCUAAAAUACAGUGGCCAGAAAUCGCACAUCGCAGAGCCAGAGCCGCUUCCAACCCAAUCAGAUAAGUCAGAGCCGGAUGCUGCGCAGGCACCGAAGCCCCGCAAAAGACGAGCCAAGGUCUAUCAAAAGGUGCGGCAAAGUCGAAGAAUAGCUGGCCAAUCACCCCAAUUUGGCAUGCUAUGA